AUGAACACCGAUGAUUUAGAAGGAGGCGAAGACGAUGGCUAUCACGCACAAGGCAAUCGUAAAUACAGCCCCGUCGGGGCACAGGAUCGCGCCGUUCUCGAGAUGGCCUCCAUGGAUCCUGGAUCUUCUGCCACCGCUUCCCAAUCUUCUAUCAGGAAAGUAAGAGCUCGAACACAAGGGAGCAUGGAUUCCGAUGGAAAGGCUCCUGAUGUUGCUGGUGGAGACAAUGGUCCUCACAGGGAACAUAAGUUGGAAUUGUUCGGUUUUGAUUCUCUUGUCAAUAUUCUUGGUCUCAAAAGUAUGACACAAGAGCAAGUUCUUGCACCUUCUAGCCCCAGAGAUAAUGAAGUUGUUUCCAUCACCGGUGGGGAUCCAACGUCCUCUAGUGUCAAAAUGGGUACAAUGAUGGGGGUAUUUGUCCCAUGCUUACAAAGUAUUUUGGGGAUUAUCUACUAUAUCCGCUUUUCUUGGAUAAUUGGCAUGGGAGGCAUUGCGGAUUCACUGCUGUUGGUAUCGCUUUGUGGUCUGUGUACUUUCUUGACAGGAUUAUCAUUGAGUGCUAUUGCUACUAAUGGUGCCAUGAAGGGUGGUGGUCCAUAUUAUCUCAUUGGUCGAGCACUUGGUCCUGAGGUUGGAGUUAGCAUUGGAUUAUGUUUCUUCCUUGGCAAUGCGGUUGCAGCAGCUCUUUAUGUGUUGGGAGCUGUAGAAACAUUUCUGAAAGCUCUCCCUUCUGCUGGGUUUUUUACUGAAACCAGUACAAAGGUGAAUGGCUCCGUAUCGAAACCAAUACAGACUAUAAGUACACAUGACUUGCAAAUUUAUGGGCUUGUUGUGACUGUCAUCCUAUGCAUUAUUGUGUUUGGUGGGGUGAAAAUGAUUAAUCGGGUUGCCCCUGUCUUCCUUAUACCUGUUUUGUUGUCAGUACUUUGCAUAGUCAUCGGGAUUUUUAUGGCAAAGAAGGAUGAUCCUGAUACUGGAAUUACGGGCUUGAGUGCGGACAGCUUUAAAGAUAACUGGGAUUCAAUGUAUCAGAAUACUAACAGUGAUGGGAUCCCUGAUCGUGAUGGAAAGGUGUACUGGAACUUCAAUGCAUUGGUCGGUCUCUUUUUCCCAGCUGUAACUGGAAUCAUGGCAGGUUCAAAUCGAUCAGCUUCGCUUAAAGAUACUCAGCGUUCAAUCCCCGUUGGAACAUUGUCAGCCACACUGGUCACUACUCUUCUCUAUUUAGUUUCUGUCUUCCUUUUUGGAGCUGUUGCCAACAGAGAAAAGCUUUUGACUGACAGGCUACUUACUGCUACCAUAGCUUGGCCUUUCCCAGUUGUCAUUCGUGUUGGAAUUAUUCUUUCAACUUUAGGUGCAGCUCUUCAAAGCUUGACUGGUGCCCCUCGUCUUCUUGCAGCAAUAGCCAAUGAUGAUAUUCUUCCUGUUCUCAAUUGCUUCAGAGUUGCAGAUACCAGUGAGCCUCACAUAGCUACUCUCUUUACUACCGUUAUCUGUAUGGGAUGUGUUGUUAUUGGGAAUCUGGAUCUUAUCACACCAACUGUAACUAUGUUUUUCCUUCUAUGUUAUUCGGGUGUGAACUUGUCUUGCUUCCUUUUGGAUCUUUUAGAUGCACCUAGUUGGCGUCCUAGGUGGAAAUUUCACCAUUGGCUCCUGUCUCUACUUGGAGCAUUACUUUGUGUAGUGAUAAUGUUCUUGAUUUCAUGGCUAUUCACUGUUGUUUCUCUAGCCCUUGCCAGCCUUAUAUAUUAUUAUGUGAGCAUUAAAGGAAAAGCUGGGGACUGGGGGGACGGUUUCAAAAGUGCAUACUUUCAACUAGCCCUUCGUAGCCUUAGAUCUCUGGGAGCAAAGCAAGUUCAUCCAAAGAACUGGUAUCCCAUUCCUCUCAUAUUCUGCCGGCCUUGGGGUAAGCUGCCAGAAAAUGUACCUUGCCAUCCAAAACUUGCUGAUUUUGCCAACUGUAUGAAGAAGAAAGGCCGUGGAAUGUCCAUUUUUGUAAACAUUCUAGAUGGAGACUAUCAUGAAUGUGCUGAAGAUGCCAAAGAAGCCUGCAAACAGCUUGAUACCUACAUUAACUACAAGAACUGUGAAGGUGUUGCAGAAAUAGUCGUAGCAACCAAUAUGACUGAAGGCUUCCGUGGAAUUGUGCAGACCAUGGGUCUUGGCAACCUCAAGCCCAAUAUCGUAGUUGUGCGGUACCCGGAAAUAUGGCGUCGCGAGAACUUAAAAGAAAUCCCAACCAGAUUUGUUGGUAUAAUUAAUGACUGUAUUGUAGCAAACAAGGCAGUUGUCAUUGUCAAAGGCCUCGAUGAAUGGCCAAAUGAGUAUCAAAGGCAAUACGGUAGCAUCGAUCUGUAUUGGAUUGUAAGAGAUGGUGGUCUCAUGCUUCUUCUGUCACAACUUCUUCUUACGAAAGAGAGCUUUGAGAGCUGUAAGAUUCAGGUCUUCUGCAUUGCGGAGGAAGAUUCAGAUGCAGAGAGCCUCAAAGCUGACGUGAAGAAGUUCCUAUACGAUCUUCGGUUGCAAGCCGAAGUGAUUGUUAUAACGAUCAAGUCAUGGGAUGUAGAGGGUGGAUCUCAGCAAGAUGACUCAAUAGAAACAUUCAAUGAUGCUCGGAAACGGGUAGCUAGUUACUUGGCAGAACUAAAGGAAGCAGCAAAAAGAGAAGGAACCCCAUUGAUGGCUGAUGGAAAGGCUGUAGUUGUGGAUGAGCAACAAGUGGAGAAGUUUCUGUAUACAACCCUGAAGCUGAAUACGACAAUAUUAAGAUAUUCUAGAAUGGCAGCAGUGGUGCUUGUAAGCUUACCACCACCUCCCAUCAACCAUCCAGCCUACUGCUACAUGGAGUAUAUGGAUUUGUUGGUAGGAAAUGUGCAGAGGCUUUUAAUGGUAAGAGGAUAUCGCAGAGAUGUUGUAACUCUAUUCACUUAGUUUUCCCCAGGAUUAUAUAUAUUUAUAUCAUCAGUGUAAUUUGUGUUUACUGUUCAUAUAGGUGCUUUUUACCCUUCUUUCUUGUAGUCAAAAAAGUGUUACAUAACAUUCCUUCUCUU